AUGUCGAAGAUCCUGCACAAAUUCAUGGAUGCCAUGACUGGCUCGAACUCCAGAUCUAAGCGUCCCAGUCGCGACUCGGACACCAACGAGUAUGAUCAUGAGCCCAAGGUUGGAAGCCACUUCAGGUCCAAUCAUCGCACCAGUGACUAUGGUUCGAGAUUUGAGAGCCACGGAGAGAGGCCACGACCCGGCACUUAUGGUUCUGGGAGCUACGGGCCGAAUCGUUCAGUCAGUUACGACUCGACUGGCCGCCCUCGUCGUGAAGACUAUGGACAUCGUGGUGAAGCAGCAUACGCUCGCCCAGACCACACGCGGACCUUUAGCUCUGGAACUGACGGAUACGGCUCCGAAGUUGGCGCCCGGAAGGGCCAGGGAGUUGAUGUUGGCGCCCCUAAUGGUAACAGUAGCUACAACAGAGACAGAGUGGGAUUCUACAGCGCUGGGUCUUAUGGAUAUGGCUCUGGUGAAAGGUUGGCGGCUAAUGGUGUUCAAGGGAGCCAGUGGUAG